CAUUCCACAACAUUGCAAUAGCGCGUCACCCUACACCAUCCAUGCAGAAUGCGAAUACGCAAUAAUCUGCAUGCCCUCCCCAUCUAUGCCCAUACCACGUUUUUCUGGAUAUGUGGUGUCCCUCCCCAAAAGAUCGUUUUUUGACUCGGGUGACAUAACCAUGCACAGCAAUAAAACAGUUUAGGGGGGCGGAUGAUAAUAUACUUUGUUGUGAAAAAAGCGGUUUCCUAUUUCGUGAAUAGCACUUGCCUCCUUUUUUCUUUUUAUUCGAAUGCUUCCAGGAAUGUCGAGUUUGGGCAAGGCUAGCGUCAGGGACCGGGUCAGCAAGUCUGGCGACUUCAUUAUUCGCAAGCUAGCGCAAAAGCGCGCCAUCCCCAGCCGCCAGCCGCUGAUCGUGGGCAUCAACGGGCCACAGGGCUCAGGCAAAACCACUCUGGUGCGCGGGCUGGUGGCCUACCUGCAAGCGCGCAAAAUCACGACAGUUGGAUUCUCGCUCGAUGACCUCUACCUGCCAUACAAGCAGCAGGAGCAGCUGGCCUCGCAGCACCGCGACAACCCGCUGCUUAGGUUCCGCGGCCAGGCAGGCACGCACGACCACAUGCUGGGGCAUCAGACGCUCGAGGGGCUUUUGCGCGGGCAAGAUACGCCAAUUCCGCAGUAUGACAAGAGCCUGAAUGGCGGAUACGGCGACCAGGUGGAUCGGAGGCAGUGGGCGGUGGCGAAGCCCGUCGAUGUCGUGCUGUUCGAGGGGUGGAAUCUAGGGUUCCGCAUGCUGGACAGGAUGGAGUUUGCAAGGUUCCUUGGCAAUGUGCGCGACUCAGACAGUCCGCUGUUCAAGCACUCGCGCAGCUUCACCGACGCCAACCUGGCUGAGAUUAACGGGAAUCUGGAGGCCUACGAGACGUCUUUGUAUACGCUGAUUGAUGCAUGGGUGUAUAUGCGCGUGUCCAAUGUCGAUGUUGUAUAUCGGUGGCGCAAGCAGCAGGAGGAUGAGCUGGCAGCCUCCGGCAGGAGUUCGCUUUCGGACACGCAGCUGGAGGACUUUAUCUCGAGGUUCAUGCCUGGAUACGAGAUGGCGCUAGACAAGCUCGAUAAGCACGGGUUCGUGUCGUCCGGGCUGCUUGGUGCGCCAAAUACCUUGAGGAUGCAUCUGGACAUCGACCGUAACGUUGUCGCCUUUGACCACAAGCUGUAAACCGGCUCCCUCCGUUUCUUUCGCAGCCUAGGAUGGUUGUUCUUUUUUUAGACUUUGCGAAUCCUCG